UAUUUCGAUUUUAAGGUUGGAAAUGCUGAAGCUUUAAAUUGUUAUUACGCACAUGGAGAGCAGAAUCCAAAUUUUCAGAGGCGUAGCUAUUGGAUGUUGGAUCAGGCACAUGAGCACAUUGUUCUUCAUUAUAGAGAUAUUAAUGAGCUGUUCCAGCACAAUGAUGCAUAUUCUGCCACUAAAGCUGAAGGAGAGGCGCUGGUCAUCAAGUCAAAUGGUAGUAAUGGGCUUCUAACAUGCUGCAUCUGUCCUAGCAGCAUUUUCUGUCCUGGUGAUAAAUUGCUUGUUCCAUCAUUGGUAUCUGCUGCGAGGGCAGGGAAAUCGAAGUUUCUCAUUGGUAAUGGCAAGAACAUGUACGAUUUCACUUAUGUUGAAAACGUGGCACAUGCCCACAUAUGUGCUGAACGAGCUCUUGCAUCGUAGGCGACAGUUGCAGAGAGAACUGCAGGGGAGGUCAUAUUUAAAUUCAUUUUUUAAGUUCUGCAACAGGCAUAUUUUGUAACUAAUAUGGCGCUAAUCAAGUUUUGAGAGUUUGGUUCACUUGUUCUUGAAGGUCUUGGCUAUGAAUGGUACUCUCAUCUUCUUGAAGGGCCUAAACUAAUUAUAAAACCUGUGUAGGCAGCUUUGUCCCAAGUUUCCUAAGUUGUCCUAUAUUAGAAGAAGAUUGAAAUUUGAAUGUGCACUUUGAAGGCUUGGGAGCUCUUUGCGAGAUUUUCAAUGACAUUUCAAUGAAGCCCUUGAGAAGAUGGGAUGGAUGAGUUGUUCUGUUUUGUAGGUAGAUAUAAUUACAAUUUACAACAUAUUCAUUGAAUAGUUGAAUGCUACAAACAAUGCUUAUGACACUAGCCUUAUAAAUUGGAAAUUAUCAUCUCUAUCAGUUUAUGAUAUACAAUCAAAUAUUACGUAUUAAUGAAUCAAAGCAUGGUAUUUGUUUGUUAUU